UUCAAAAGAAGUAAAAUCGUUUUGUUGUAUAAGUGCAAAAAGAAAGGAAAAAGAAAAAGAAAGAGAAAGUAAACUAAAAAUCUUAUUUUUAUGGCGUCACUAUCUUCAACUCCUUCAAUGGAAGAGGAAAAAGAAGGCUCAGUGUCAGUUCAACAAUCAAACCCUCAAUCACAACACAUUGCUGCUUCUUCCUCCACCAUGGAUCUUCCUUCUAAUCCUUCUUGGUUCACACCCAAACGGUUAUUGUUUAUAUUUUGUGUGGUUAAUAUGAUAAACUAUUUGGAUCGAGGAACCAUAGCUAGCAAUGGUGUUAAUGGGAAGAAAAGGACUUGUGAUGACAAGGGAAUUUGCAAAUCUGGUAGUGGAAUUCAGGGAGAUUUUGAUUUGACUAAUUUUCAAGACGGUCUCUUAUCGUCUGCAUUUAUGGUUGGACUUCUUGUUUCGUCCCCGGUAUUUGCUUCCUUAGCAAAGAGCCACAACCCUUUUAGGCUUAUCGGAGUUGGAUUAUCUGUUUUUACCUUGGCUACUGCCGGAUGUGGUGCUGCUCCUUCCUUUUGGUUUAUUGCAAUAUGCCGCAUGCUGGUUGGUGUUGGGGAAGCUUCUUUCAUAAGUCUUGCAGCUCCGUUUAUUGACGAUAACGCUCCCAUUUCUCAGAAAACAGCCUGGCUUGCAGUGUUUUAUAUGUGCAUACCUACUGGAAUUGCUUUUGGAUAUGUUUAUGGCGGAUUAGUCGGGGAACAUCUUAACUGGCGCUAUGCAUUCUGGGGAGAGGCAUUGUUAAUGCUUCCAUUUGCUGUUUUCGGUUUUGUAGUGAAACCAUUGCAGUUGAAAGGUUUUUCUUCGAUUGAAUCCGAAAAAGCAUUGACACCUAUGGAGACAGUUUCUGCUGUAACUGAUGAUUUGGAUGCAUCGAAAGUAAAAGGCCCUAUUUUGGUUGGAGGUGAUGGUAUCAGUGCUGAUGAAUUGAAUAAAACUUCCAAGUCACUAGACAUACGCAACAUUUUGAAUCGGUUAUCUCAGUUUGGGAAAGACAUGAAAGUGCUUUUGGUGGACAAAGUUUAUGUUGUAAAUGUUUUAGGUUAUGUAGCGUACACCUUUGUCCUUGGAGCAUAUGGGUAUUGGGGGCCAAAGGCUGGUUACAAUAUUUAUCAUAUGAAGAGUGCAGAUAUGUUGUUUGGAGGGAUUACAGUUGUUUGUGGGAUCUUCGGAACAAUAGCCGGUGGCUUCAUCCUAGAUCACAUGAGUGCUACAAUAAAUCAUGCUUUUAUCCUUCUUUCAGGUGCGACAUUUCUGGGUGCAAUUUCUUGCUUUUCUGCUUUUUGUCUCAGGAAUUUGUAUGGUUUCCUGGUACUCUUUGCAGUAGGUGAAUUACUUCUUUUUGCUGCACAGGCUCCAGUCAAUUUUGUGUGUCUUCAUUGUGUCAAACCGAGUUUGAGACCAUUAGCUAUGGCCAUGUCUACUGUCUCGAUUCACAUAUUCGGUGACGUGCCAUCCUCCCCACUUUUUGGGGUUGUCCAGGAUCAUAUUAACAAUUGGAGGACAACUACACUUAUGCUCACAUCGAUCUUCGUCCUUGCUGCCGGAUUCUGGUUUAUAGGUAUUUUCCUACCAAGUGUUGACAAGUGUACUGAUGAAAAUGAAACUCAAGUCUCUCCGAAUCCAAUGGUCGAUAUGAAGACAUUGCCUGAUGGAAAUGGAGAUAAGGGUCCUGCUGAAGUCCAAGACUCUAAUUUCAGACCUCCAUGCUGAAGUCCAAGGCUCACAAACAUAAACAUAAACAUAAACAAAAUCAGAAGUGGGAACAAACACAAAAAUAUGGUGGCAUUCUUAUACGUCCCGGUCUACAUCGACAAAUGGUGAGUUUGCAACUAAGGAAUACGUGAAGAUAUAAGUUUUCGAAGCCGGUCUCGGAGAAGGUAGAUGAAUAAGAAGCUGGCAUCCUAUUUAGAGGUAUUUUGCUGUUAAUUUCACACUUUUUUUUCCCCUUUCAGCUUUGAAUUUAAUCAUUUGUAGAUAUAUCAACUAAUAGUUUUACAUACUGUGGAUAAAUGCUAUAGAAUCAUCAGUGCAUGUGAAAUUAUUAUUAUUUUUUUCUAGUAAAAUAUUUUCAUUCUUUCUCAA